GACAACAGCCCAGUUUUUGCUGCAGGAGAGAUAAACCUAGAUUUAGUGGAAUCUACAGUUCUAGGGAGGCGCUUUCCGUUGGAGAGCGCGCAUGACCCCGAUUUGGGCAUCAACUCUGUCCGUGAAUAUAAACUGAGCCCGAAUGAUCAUUUUGCACUGGAAAUGAGUUCUCAAAUAAAUGGCAAUGCUUAUCCGGAGCUAGUCCUUAAAAAGGCCUUGGACCGGGAGGCACAGGCUGAACAUGUACUGAAAAUCAAUGGAAUUGACGGGGGAAAUCCGGUCAGAUCAGGAACUGCUUCUAUCCACAUCCGUGUUUUGGACGCCAAUGAUAAUGUCCCAGUUUUUAGCCAACGAGUUUACAAAGCUUCUGUACCAGAGAACUCGGCCGUAGGGACUGUCAUAGCAAAACUGAAUGCCACGGACUUAGAUGAAGGUGUUUAUGGAGAGAUAACGUACUCUUUCAGUCACCUGUCAGACAAGAUUGGAGGAGUUAUUGAAAUGAACCCUCAGAGUGGAGAAGUACGGGUGACAGGGCUCAUUGACUAUGAAGAGGCUAGUACGCACGAGCUGGAUGUUCAGGCUAAAGAUGGCGGCGGUCAGGCCUCUCACUGUAAACUUAUAAUUGAUGUAAUUGAUGUAAAUGAUAAUAAACCCGUGAUAGAAAUAAAGUCGGCCUCUGCUAACGUAGCUGAAGACUCUAAGCCAGGAACUAUGGUUGCUCUGAUUAACAUUUAUGACCUGGACACUGGAAGCAGUGGGCGUGUCACGUGCACAAUCUCAGACAAUGUUCAAUUUAAAUUUGUAUCAGAGGUGAAAAACUACUACAUGUUAGUUACUGACGGAUUAUUAGACAGAGAACUUCAACCAGAGUACAACAUCACAUCACGGCCACUGAUGCGGGCUCUCCCUCACUCUCCAGCGUAA